AUGUUAAAGUGCCGCUGCCGCCGCCGCUGUGCCCGCGCCCCGGAGAUGUCCUUCCCCCAGCUGGGCUACCCGCAGUAUCUCAGCGCCAGCCAGGCGGUGUACGGGAGCGACCGGCCCGGGGUGCUGGCCGCCGCCGCCGCCGCCGCAGCCGCCGCCGCCGCCGCUUCGGGCCGGCCCACGGGCGCCGAGCUGGGCAGCGGCUCGGCCACUGUCACCUCGGUGCUGGGCAUGUACGCCGGCCCCUACAGCGCCCCCAACUACAGCGCCUUCCUGCCCUACACUGCCGACCUCGGCCUCUUCUCCCAAAUGGGAUCCCAGUACGAGCUGAAAGAUAAUCCGGGUGUCCACCCUGCUACCUUUGCUGCCCACACUGCCCCCGGCUAUUAUCCCUACGGACAGUUCCAGUACGGGGACCCAGGGCGGCCCAAAAACGCCACCCGAGAGAGCACCAGCACGCUGAAGGCCUGGCUCAACGAGCACCGCAAGAACCCCUACCCCACCAAGGGCGAGAAGAUCAUGUUGGCCAUCAUCACCAAGAUGACCCUCACCCAGGUUUCCACUUGGUUCGCCAAUGCCCGUCGGCGGCUCAAGAAGGAGAACAAGGUGACCUGGGGCUCCAGGAGUAAGGACACAGAAGAUGCAAACCUCUUUGGGAGUGACAAUGAGGGAGACCCCGAGAAGAAUGAAGACGAUGAGGAAAUUGACCUGGAGAGCAUAGACAUAGAUAAAAUCGACGAGAAUGAUGGGGAGCAGAGCAACGAGGAAGAGGAGGAGAAGCCUGAGCUCCUGAGACAAAGCAGUGAAGAAGAGCACUUGGAAAAGGAGAAGGACUUGGCUCUGUCAGGGUCUGAAGGGCUGAAACCCAAAGAUGCGCUGGCCAUGGUGAAGGAGGCCUCUGACAACAGCACGCGAAUCGUCAGUCCUGGGGGCCAGAACACUUUACAGAUGCCACCUCACAGCAAACCCAAGAUUUGGUCUUUGGCAGAGACGGCAACCACUCCCGAUGGUGCCCUGAAAUCUUCUCCCCCUCCGCCCCCUCCUCCUCCCCAGGUUAACCACACUUCGCCACAAAUACAGCACCCUGCUUUUCUCCCUAGCCAUGGACUCUACACAUGCCAGAUUGGCAAAUUUCACAACUGGACAAAUGGGGCUUUCCUCACUCAGAGUUCCUUGCUAAAUGUGAGGUCCUUUUUGGGAGUAAACCACCACCAUGCUGCUCAUCACAAUCAUCACCUUCAGGCCCAGCAGCAACCUUCUGUUUUAACAGCAACUCUGGGAGCCCUAAGCAGUGAAAAACCUUCAGAGAGGACCAGUCCCAAACACAUAGAAAGAGAAAAUGUACCAAGAACUGAAUCCCCACCUCAGCCGCUAAAAUCGCCCUUCCAGCCUGUCCGUGACAACUCUUUGGCUCAGCAAGAGGGAACAUCGAGAAUUUUAACAGCUCUCCCUUCCGCUUGA